CCCCGAUCAAAUAUUGUCGAUCCUUCGAUCCUUUCAUUGUUCCCAUCGGGGCAGAGAGCGUGGGCUGGCACGUAGCUAUGCAAUAGUUCGGAACUUGCCUACGUGGACUAACCCCCAGCUGCAGUCGUUUAUUGAUCUAUGAGUUGUCACAAGCUGCAUACCCGAUAACUAUUGAUGCCGCAUAUCAAAGACCUCAACGCUCAUGAGCGUCCGCCAGAGGUCCUCAAGCAGCGUUACAAGAAAUUUCAAAAGUCCACGCUUUCGGAAAUAGAUUCCGAUGCCAGUAUUAUCGACCUUCAAGCUCUGGACCCCCAGAAUCUCCCGAAUGAGAUCUCUUUGACGCAAUGGAUCUCUAGCGCAGAUCUCCGGCCAGUAUUCAACCAAUUUGUCGGCCCACGCAAGGGUAUGCAGGACGCUUUGCCUGCUAAGGAUAUCCCCGUUUUCAGCCAUCGCUCUGUUUCUGGCUUGCAGGUGGUCCCAUCGCUGCUACCACCGGCCGUUCAGGUCGAGUUACUGUCUCGUUUGUUCCACCGGGACUUGUCUAAUCCCCGGCAUCGAACCAAUCUUCACCUGCACUAUGAUAUCACUUAUCCUAGGGCGACUAGUGGGGAAGCCCAGCCGGAUGUAUCGGUCUCGGCCGAUCCUAUUUCAGUAGGCGAUUGUCCUCCGUCCUUUUUUGGAGAUGAUCCAGCACGUGUCAUAGAGCCCAUAGAUCCCAAUGUGCACAGACCACUCACUGUCCAAAGCCUACUGAACAGAAAGCUACGUUGGGUUACUCUAGGUGGUCAGUAUGACUGGACCGCCAAAGUAUAUCCCGCGGAGCGCCCUCCUGAGUUUCCCUCCGAUAUUGCAAAGCUCCUGAAUGCCAUGUUUCCGGCAACCGAGGCUCAAGCAGCUAUUUUGAAUGUCUACUCCCCGGGCGACCACCUCAGUCCUCAUCGUGAUGUCAGUGAAGAAUGCGAUGUGGGCUUGAUCAGUGUUAGCUUUGGUUGUGAUGGUCUUUUCUUGAUCAGCCAUGAUGAUGGGGAGCACUGCGAAAUUAUUCGGCUUCGCUCCGGGGAUGCUGUCUACAUGGAUGGCACCUCACGGUUUGCUUGGCAUGCAGUACCGAAGAUCGUGCCGGAUACCUGCCCUGAGUGGCUUGCUAACUGGCCAUCAUGCUCACAUGAUGGUGUAGCUACUUCCGAAUUUGAGAUCUGGAAAGGAUGGAUGUCGGGCAAGAGAGUCAAUCUAAACGUUCGGCAAAUGGAAAUGGCCAAGCCCCAGGGCUGAUUGUCAUGGCAAUUAGAUAUAUUGUGAGACCACGAUGGGCUCAGUACUCUGAUGGUCAUAGCUCAGAAUAUUCUCUGAGAGCCCAUGAAGUUGGCUAGAUGGUUUCCAGCCGUUGAAAGCGAUGACACCGUUCCAUACUGCAGAAUCCGGGUUCCGCGCAGUUCUGUCCUUGAACUUUAUCUGCUAUGCCUGGAUAUGCCAAAUGUUCUGUGCACCGGUAUACGCUUGUGUACUCAACGAGACCUCGAGCCCACUCCUUAACCCAUCGGCUUACUGGUUAAGUUUGGUAGCAAGCCUUAUCUUGUGCUGCAAGCGGGUGAUAUACCUGGUGUUUUGACAAAUAUUGAUCUGGCCGGCCAGCUACCGGCUUGGAUAUAUCCUGUUUGAUGGGAUUACAUAGAAAGGACGUAUAUACUAGCCAUAAAUGAUAUAUAUUUUAUCGUGAC